CCUAAUGGCUAUCCCCAUUUCCCCCCUUCCCCCAUUACCUCACAUCUCCUAAUCUCCCUAAUGGCAUCUGAGAAGAGUUCUCUGAGACUUUUGAGAGUCUGAGUUCAUCAAUCGGCCUCACCAGUCACCGCCGGUUCCUCCCCCCCCCCCAGCCAACCUCGUCGUCGUCACUCUCAGUCUCGCGUGGUCCUCGUUCAUCAAGUCUCGGCCUCACCCUCAGUCUCGGGUGGUCCUCAUCAGCGCUGUUCAUCAAAAAGCUCAGAACGCUUCUGCGGCCUCACCUCUCCGUCACUCACAGUCUCUGUUCUCUCGGUCUCUGCCUCAGUUCCUCUGCUCCCUCAGGUCAAAAAACUAACUGCGCAGGAAAAGCCCAAAGCCAAUCCCAGGGAACAGUGAAACUUCAUAGGGUCUUUCUGUCCAGGUGGAGGUAGUCCGCAUCUUCACAGACAUGUCUAUUUCACCGAGCCUCUCUCCGAGACAAUGCCUAGAUCGUUACGCCUUUCGUGCGGCUUGGAACUUAUCCGACAAGAAAUUUCGCCACCUUAGGACCGUUAUAGUUACGGCCGCCGUUCACCGGGGCUUCGGUCGCCAGCUCCCCUGUCAUCAGGACUAUUUCUUCUUCUUUGUCUACGUUUUUUGUUCCCUUUUUUUGCUGUUUGUUGCAGUAGUAUGUUCGGAAGAAUGGCCAAUGUCUUUGUUGUUGCUCAAGAGGCAGGGUGCACUUAGCAUUCGCAAAGGUGUACAGAGAGUUUUACCAGACGACAGAAGGCAGGCGAGGGAGACGACAUGGAUGUCGACUAUGGUGACGACGGAGGAAACAGCGAUGUUGAUGAGGGAGACGGCGCGGGUGGAGGCGGCGCCGCGGGCGGUGGCGGCGACGCGGGUGGUGGAGGGCGGCGGGGGCGGGGACGACGGGGUUGGGGCCGGCAGCUUCGACGGCAGCCAGGAUGAAAUCGAUGGCAUCAGCGACUUCACGGCUAAGGCGGCAGCGACUUCAGCGGCUUCGGCGGCAGCGGCGGCGGCUUCAACGGCGUCGCCGCCAUCGCUCUCAUCACUCUCACUUCCAUUAUCACUGUCACCCUAACUGCCACUAUCACCG